CUCGCCGUACUUUCACAUGACUCUCGCUGCGUGUGACUGACCCGCAUUCCUCAGGUGGCUGGUUCCUGACAGACUGCAGUCCAUCCAGAGGCGAACCGACACCGAACCUCGUCGUGCGGAGAUGUUGGAGCUGCAUUUGGACUCGCAGCUGCUCGAGUGCGACGCUUUCUAACAGCUGCUGGUUCGUUUUCGGUUCUUCUUUUCGUCCGGAGGAAGAAAACCGAUGACUGACAGACAUUUCGCUUCUUCUGGGCUUCGUGUCGGUGAUGGCUGAGCUCCUGCCGCCAGAUGUGAGACGGUGCACAUAUUUCUUCCUCUACGAUGGAUCCAAAGUCAAAGGAGAAGGCGACCGGACGAGAGAGGGAAUCUGCUACUUCUACCCUGAAGAGACUCCUCUGGACAGGCAGGAGCUGAUCUGUGGUCAGCUCGCCGGCGUCGGCCGUUGUGUCUCCGAGCUUUCCUUCUCUCCGGUGAGAAUACUGAGGCUGCGCCGCAACAAGUUCGCCAUCCGCAUGAAAGACGAUUUCUUCUGGGCUCUCGGCUGCUCAGUUGAAGUUCCCAUCGUCAGCGUCUGUGAUCUCCUGGAUCAGCUGAUCGAUCUCUUCUGUUUCUACAACGGUUCAGUCCGACAGAGCUACCAGCUCAGCAGUCAGGAGUUUCUGGCUGCUCGCUGGGCUCAGUACCUCUCACACCUGCAGUUCGGAUCCUCAGAGCUUCAUCACAUCUUCAGCUGCUUGAAGACCAUCGACUCCACCAACGUUGAUCCGCUUCUGCUGCUCAAAGCGGCCCUCAUCCUUCAGGCGUGUCAGCGCUGCCCUCUGGUGUUGGCAGGCUGUAUUCUCUUCAGAGGACGAGUUGUGAGCACACAGAUGUGUCCGGAGCUCACGAUGAAGGUGAUGGUUCACGAGAGUGAAACGUACACGAAGCGGCCCGCUGCUCACUGCUCCUCCGGUCCAUUCGGUGGCGCUGUGAGCUCCACCACCGUGUUCCUGACUCUGUCUGAGCUUCAGUACCUGCAGUCUGCUCCUGUCAACAAGCACCUCAGCUCGGAGUCCACUCCACAAAAAGACGCUCCCCGGAGGAGGACCCGCCUGUCCAGGACGUUAUCAGACAUGCCGUCCACCGACUCAGAUCCGUCUGAUCGCGGCUCCCUCCAGUCGCCCCAGCUGGAGUCCUUCAGUCCUCAGCUGUCAGACAGCUUCGUGUUCAGCCCGGUUCCCUCUCACAGCGCCGCUGAUCCACUUCAGCCUCCAACGCAGCUGCUCCAGCCUCCUUUCUCAAACGGAAAACACUCCAGUGAAGCCGAGGAUGAUGAGGCGCUGGAGGAGCCGUCGUAUUAUCACAGUUUUCACAGCAACGGAGGAGACAGUCAGGCGGACGCCUCGGUGUUUGAUGAGAACUGCCAGGUUCUAAACGGUGGAGGAGACGGAGGAGGCGGAGGAGACGGAGGUGGAGGAGACGGAGGUGGAGGAGACGGAGGAGACGGAGGCGCAGCCUGCGGGACGAUGUUUGACUUCAGAGAGGCUGCAAAUGAUGAAUCACAUGACAGGAAGGAAGACGGCUGCAGGAGCGCUCCAGAACCUCCUCGUCCUCCUCACUGUGGGGCUUUUGACAACCCGGAGGAGAGUCCGCUGAUCCCCAUGACGCUGUACCUGCACCGGGUCAAAGGCCUGGUUCUGGCUCUGCUGGUGGAGCCUCACUUCCUGAGCGACACAGCUUCUAUGGAGGAAGUGUAUCACAGCAGCCUGGCGUCUCUCAACGGACUGGAGGCCCACCUGAGGACCGUCUCUCCAGGAGCCCCGAGCGCUCCGGGACCUUACGUCUUCGCCCAUUUUGACCGCAUUCAGAGCACGCUGACGACCAACCUGUCUGGUGGACCAGGGGGAGCCCCGGAGCGUCCUUUUGUCAGAGCCACAUCACUUCUUCACUCGCAUUUCUGUAACACUGAAACUCUGCAGGAGGCUAUUAUCAGGAGUGCCGGAGCUGCUGUGUAUGGGACCCGCAGUGUGGCUCAGGAGACUUACUUCCAGCAGCACGGGGGAUCGCUCAGGAACUCGGGCAUCCCUAACCACCAGGACAGCGCCUUCGCUCUGCCCGGGAAGGCCCGACACAGACUGCUGAAGCACGGCGUCAACCUGCUCUGACGGGACGGCGUCACGAGGAGGCGAGAAGACCAAGAACUGUCCUGUGAGUAAAACCCAGCAGAGGAAAUGUGACAGUGUUGAGCUGUGGACACAGAAGGUUUGAUUCUGUAAAGUUCGCUCCGAGAGAGAAGCAGGCAAGUAAGUUUCUGUUACAGUAAAACACUGGACCUUUUGUAUUUAAAGCUACAGUUCUGCAGUAUUAAGCUCCUCUUCACACACUUCGGUGCAGUUUGUGAUCUGUUUUCACUUUAAAAGAUAUUUUCCAUUCAGUCGCGUCUCUACAGAAAAUCAUUACUGCCGCUGUGAAAAAUGUGUUUGUGUUCUGACUUCUUUCUAAGAAUUAAAAUCAGAAAAAACACAAAAAAAAAUCAAGGUAAUCUUGAAAAAAAAAAUCUAAAUUUAAUUUCUGAAUUUUGACAGUAAAAAACACCUAAUUUCUAUUUUUUUUCUAAAAAAUCUUAGAGAAAAAAAAUUAAUCAAAGAACUGAGAAAACAAAACAAACAAAAGAUGAAUUUAAAAAAGUUAAAAUUCCGAACGUGAUCGAAGAAUUCAGAUACAAAAAAUACAAAUUUUAUCUCAGAAUUUUUGGAGAAAUUUAAAAAAUGUAAUGUAAGAAAUGAGAAACACAAAAAAUCCAAAAUCUGUAUUUAAUCUCAGAAUUUGUAAGAAAAAGUCAGAACUCAAACAUUUUCUUCACAGCAGGUUUUAAAUCUCAGUGUAGUCAAAAUAAUUAUUCCUCUUUUUUGUAAAUAUUCAUUAAAUAAGAACUUUGUUAGAGAAAGAUAAAAUAAAUGUCUGUACAGAAUCUGUGUGCAGAACUCUGUUUGUCUUUUACACAAAUAACUUUAAUAAUCUGAAGUAGUUUUUAUAAAAAUGUUUAUUUAUUUCAAAUCAACUGUUUGAUAACAACAAAAGUGUUUUUUAAUCAUUCGGCUGUUUUUUUUUCUCUCGUCAUGUUUGUAUGAGCUGCACUGUGACGUCACGCGGAGCCUUAUUAGUGAUCAUUAAAUGAAUAUCGAUCCUC